AUGACUGCCAAUGAUCACGGACAUGUUAACAAUCUCGAUGCGGCACAGAUGGAGACACUAAAACGUUAUUGGAUAGCUCUUAUCAAUGCUAUCAGUACUCAAAGUUCGUUACCUGUCGACCAGAUUAUCAAUUCUGUUUAUGGAGAUGAAUUCUUUCAUGCAGUUGGCUACGAGAAUCCUGAUGUACUUACACUACGAUGGCUGCGCAUUUCAUCACUUAUUAUCAAUACUACUAAAAAUAAAAAACAAAAUUUAGCAGAAAAUAUAGUUGAACUUGUAUUUACAUAA